GAGUUGUUUGCAAGAAAUGAAGUUAGUCGCGCUCUGAACGACACAGAGAGCCGUCGCCUCUACGAGACACGUUUAUCAACAAACUCUGACGUCAUCUAGAUUUAUAUGUCUAGUUGACAACAAUCAUGUGGCCCGAUGGCGAAGGACCAAGCCACAACGGUCAUGGCCGCGCCAGUUCAGGCUCCGAGGUGGUUGUCAUCGGAGACCAGGUCACAUCCACCGCUGCUCUUCAACCCACCAUCUCCAACAUUCACAACUCCACUAAAUGCCACAUCGGGCCCAAAUUCGUCUCAAUUUCCCAGACGGUGCACAGCAAUGAAGUUGUUAAAGGGCGAUUUCUUGGUCUUGAGCUAGUGUCGCCGAUGAAGUCGCGGCGGCUGCGCUGCUCCGUGGCCGUCUGCGUCUGCUGGGCGUUCGUCGUCGCCUCCGGGCUUGGCAUUUACUUCCUAUGUAUUGCCUUGUUUGUGCCACAGACUCGCAUCGACAUAGGUCUCAACGAGACGUGGUACCUGCGCCGGCCGGAUUGGCAGGCCUUGGCACCGUCAUCUGUUUACAAAAUGCAGUUCCUUCGUCUGCCUGUUAAAUACGUCACAUUUGGACACUCGGCUGUGAACUCCUGCGACAACAGACGUGACUGUAUCACUGAAGUACGGAAUAUUCAGAGGGAUCACUUGGAACGUUUCGGUGACAUUAGCGCUAACUAUCUUGUUGGUGGCACCGGGCUCGUUUUUGAAGGCAGAGGCGCGAAUGUUAUAGGUGCAAUUAUUCCUGGCUGGAACUCUAAAAUGAUUUCUGUUAUGUUUUUGGGCGAUUAUAGACAGUCUGUUCUUGACGAUGCACAGAUAGAGAAUGUCCGCACGCUCCUAAAACAGCUGGUCAACGAUAAUGUCCUUGACCCCGCGUACGAGUUGUACGGGUACUGCCAAAUACUAACAUAUAAUGUAUCUCCGGGUCCGAAUAUCAUGGUUAAAAUGCAUAAAUUCGAGCACUGGCGUAAUGAGAAUGCUAGCAAGUGUCUAAAAAGAUACUUCUACUUGUCUUGUCCACGGUACCUUUGGGAUUUGGUGAAGAACAGUACGCGGGCAGAAAGAGUGUUGUGCAGUAUCGCGUCGCUGCUCGUCAUCCUGUGCAUUUUUCUCAUUGUCUACUUCACCGUCAUCGCCAAACCCAACGAAGAGGAGCCGGACACAGCUCCAUGGAACAUAUCGCGUGAGAUGUGGCUAGCUGAGCCUUACUCCUACACGAAUGAGAUCGACAGCGUGUUCGAGCCCCUCCGGCUGGUCAUCAUCCAGCACAGCGCCGGUAGCGAGUGCCAUCGUUUCGCCUCAUGUGCCUCAGUAUUGCGCAACAUACAAGGCUAUUACAUCAAAGUGAAACAUAGAGAUAUCCCGUAUAACUUCCAGAUAGGAAAUGAUGGCAGAGUGUACGAGGGCCGGGGCUGGCGUAAAGAAGGCGCACACACCCAGUUUUACAAUCGGUGUUCCGUCGGGAUCGGCUUCUUAGGUGACUAUAGAGAAGAGUUAAUAGGACAUAGCUCUGUAACUGCAUUACAACAAACCAGAGCGCAUAUGUUGCUUAAUGCAGGUGUGCAGAUGGGGUUCCUACACCCGGACUAUUAUGUGGUUGGUGCUAGCGAUAUUCAGAGAGAUGGAACAGAGAGUCCUGGUUCCAACUUAUACAGAGCCAUUCAACAAUGGGCUCAUUUCGAUCAUGAAAAUCGAUUUCGUAAUAAAAGUUGCGACGAAAUAAACGCUAUGUUCAAAAGAAACUGAUGACGUAUUACGGAAGAUUGUACAUGAAUACUGAAAAAAUGAAAUUAAAUUUUAUUUGUUUUGUUAGAAACAGAGCAUUUUAAUUAUAAUACGAGCUAAUACAUAUUACUUCUCGUUCUUUCUUACGGCCUACUUUUUUCUUAGCUCGCGUAAAUAUUCGACCAAAAUAGAUAGGUAUGAUUCAGACCAUGAUCCGGAGUUGAUAUCAAGUGGAAUUUUCCGUCCCAAAAGUAUAGAACUGAAAAUAAUUUACAAAAUAAAAAAAAUAUCAUGAAUUUUGCGACAAAAAAUUUCACUUGAUAUUAACUCAGAAUCAUGGUCUGAAUCAUCCCCCUGAGUAUUCGUUACGAUUUCUCGAACACCCUGUAUUAAUUAACUUCUUCUUCUUUGCGAGUCGAUGGCGAUCGAAACUAAAUUUUUGCUGACCAAUAAUUGGCCACGCUUACGGCAUUGUCAGUGGCUUCGUAAAGGUCUUAACUUUACUAAAAAAAGGUACAUAAAUCAUUUUUACAAGAAACGUUUUGCCUUAUAGAAGAAUGAUUGAGGUUUCCACUCUAUGGUGAAUCCAAUUUGAUCAUAGUACUUGUUUAAAGAAAGUAUCGAGUGACAUUUCUUUUGUUUUAAGCAUAAGUUAUGAAUAAAAAUAAGUGAAUAAAUCAGAUGCUUAAGUAAGUACUAAAAGUACUUAUAAUACCUGCCUACCUACAAUACAUAUAGGGCAGGUGAGCCGGUUGUGGCCACCGACCCCUUUGUGGCCAUUUAGAACUUCAAAUCGUUAUAACUAAGGCAAAGACAAAUAUAUUACUCUAUGAUUUACGGGAAUAAAAAUAUCUAAUAUUGGCAAUACUGAUAGCGUUGACCGCUUUGAUGUGUCAAACUUCACUUCAAUCCAACAAGUCAUUAUUUUUUCACGAUCGUCAAUUGUUUUAAGUCUUAGCAAAAAAGCUAAGGCGAGCGGAGUUACGAUUAUAAUGUCUCCAUCGAAGCCAAAUACUAAAAAAAUCGGUGUCGUGAAAAGAAAAUUGUUCCAGUACUCACCGCAUAAAAUAACAUUAGCUUUGAACGCAAUAAAGAAUGGGAUGCCCGUUGCCACAGCUAGUAGAGAUUUUAACGUACCUCGAACGACUUUGCGUUUAAAGUUACUGAGAUGGAAAAGUUUUUGCCCAACAUUUAUUUAUAAAAUCUUAAAAUAUAAGUACUUAAAUUAAAGACUGCAUACCUACCUGCAAUAUGAUUAAGUAUUAUAUAAUAUUUUUUUGUGAUUUAGAACUAUAUUGAUAUUAAUUUAAGCAUAAACUUAAAUUUAAUAAGCAAAUACAAAUAAAAGUGUUAUCACAAGUGUACCUAAUUAAUAAGAAGUAGGCUAUAAUUGUUUACUUUAUUGCAAAGAUAGGUUGCCAAUAUUGUUAUUUAAUUUUAAACAACGAAUGUGCAUCAUACCUAGAGAUAAUUAUAAGAAUACCUUUCAAGACUGGUCAUUAUAAUAUUAUAGAUAUCUACCUCGUAUAGGUUAAUGUUGAUAUCCUCAAUUGUAAUUUUAAUUCAAGCUGAAAUAUUAUAUUUCAUAUUUGUCGUCAAUAUUAUGUUAGCUAUUUUUCUCUAAAUAAAGACUGUUGGUCGUAAAAUAUGCGAUUUUCGAAUAAACUUUUUAUUACUUUGAA